AUCAUGAAGCUAUUAUUGCUUGCAUUUGCGACGCUGCUUGCAACUGCUGUCGGAUGUGUAAUUCAUGGAUGUGAAUGUCCCAUAUACGACGUUUUAAACACUUAUCCGAACUUUGAGGAACGAAGUUAUCCAGACUCAGUUUGGGUAACUGCAGAAAGUAUCAGUAAAUUUGGUUACAUUGCAUCCUCCAAAAAUAAUUUAAAACUUAUGCGUUACUGGUAUAAGAAAAAUACCAAAGCCCUACGCAUAAAUUGCACCUAUCCAGUAAGGGAAAUGUGGACUCAUAAAAUUGGCGGAGUCAAAGUGAAAACAUCCUACUUGUUACCAUCAGCUUUAUAUGUUGAUCCACCCAUUCCAAUUGACCCCACAGUAAAGAUAGAUAAACAAACUGCAACUCACUUAGUAGCAAGGCAAUUCUCGGGCAUGCCAGUUUUGGAAAGUCAAUGGGAUUCGCAAGCAAAGAUUUUAGCCAAUAGUGCUACAAAAGUUUUGCAUAACGUUGACACCUCGAAAUAUUAUGCCUGCACUUACGAUCCUUUUUGGAUGCCAUUUAAACGUACGAAUGAAGUUUGGAUGCUCAUGAAAUAAGAAUAUACAUAAUUAACUAAUUAAAAAUUAACAGCCAAAUAUUGCAAAUACUUUAUGUAAAUUAACUCUUCAUUAAUAAAUUUUGUUAAAGAAAUAUGGGAUGGUGUUCAUAUCUUGUUUCAGGAUAAGUGAGGUAAAAAUAUUGUUAACUU